AGCAUCAUAAAUCUUCCAACUAGGAAAACCAGCUGUCUCAUUAUACUUAUAAAAUAUCUAACUCAUUCACUCGCACAAAACAUCACACACUCACAAACACUCUCACACUGUUUCCUCUUUCCUUCAACUUCAACCAUGGUUCCCUAUAUAUACAACACCUUACUCUUCAUAAUCUUUACACCAACUCUAUCUUCAGCCACCAAUUUCACUAUCAAUACCUUUUUAUACUCUCUCCAACACACAGUUAUGUUUCCAACUAACAACCCUUCCACUUCACAACCCACUUCUUCAAAACCUUCAACUUCCUCCAACACAUCAUUGCCAAAUUUAGAUGUCUCUCAUGAGAUGCCAGUUUUCAACGAGGAAGUUCGACUAGCUGCAAGUACACCGAAGAAGCGGGCAGGGAGGAAGAAGUUCAAGGAGACUCGCCACCCGGUGUUCAGGGGUGUGAGGAGGAGGAACUUAGAUAAGUGGGUGUGUGAAAUGAGAGAGCCUAACAAGAAGACUAAAAUUUGGUUGGGGACUUUUCCGACAGCCGAGAUGGCUGCCCGAGCCCAUGAUGUUGCGGCAUUAGCAUUGAGAGGUCGCAACGCCUGUCUCAACUUUGCAGACUCAGCGUGGCGACUUCCUGUUCCUGCCACUACCGCAACAAAAGAUAUACAAAAGGCGGCUGCACAAGCUGCCGAGGCUUUCAGACCAGACAAGACUUUCAGAGCAGACAAGGCUUUAACGACUAAUAAUAUCGAAACAGCCGAAGCCGCCUCCAUCACUACAGAGGAGCAGCUUAUGUUUUGUUUGGAAGAGGAACAAGAGGAGGAAGUGUUAAACAUUCCAGAGUCCUUGAGAAAUAUGGCUCUUCUGUCCCCAACACAUAGCUUGGGGCAUGAGUUUGAGUAUCAAGAUAUGAAUACAGACUUUGAAGAUGUUGAGGUGUCACUAUGGAGUUUUUCUCUUUGACUUGUUUGGUUUGCUUUUUUAUUUUUUGUAUGAAGUUUGCUUUGUAGAAUGUAAAAUAGUUUGUCCUGUAACACUUUUGAGAUUGUAGAAUGGAAAAUAGUUUGUGCUGUACCAUUUUUUGAUACUGUA